GCGGUGCUUUUCGUGCUCAACACUGCUUGAUAGUGGCAUUUAUGCUACGCAAGCAGAGAACCAGAGGGGCGGCUAGCUAGCACCGGGAAGACGCACAUGUAUGUCUAUAAAGUACUGAGGGAAGGGCUGGGGCAUUAGCAGCGGGCACACAUCAAGCUAGUCUCGAAGAAGAGGAGGGGGGAAGGGGGCGACUUGUUCUGUCUGUUUGUUCAUUUGUGGCAUCGGAUUGAAGGAGCCGCUUGAAACAAACCAAAGAGAGACCGUACCUCCCCAAGCUCUUCCCAGCAACCGUCAGAGAAGCGUGCUGCUCUCUUCAUCUUCUCCUUCAUUACCGUCUGCCACCCGGGGAGUUGCUAAUUACUCCAUCCCAAUGGCGUCUUUGGAUGGAGGGAUUGCUGAGUCUCUCAAAAACAAGAGCAUCUUGCUCACUGGCUCCACUGGCUUCCUUGCUAAGAUAUUCGUGGAAAAGGUUCUGAGGGUUCAGCCUCAGGUGAAGCGCUUGUUUCUCAUUGUGCGUGCUGCUGAUCUCAAGUCUGCCACUCUCAGAAUCCAUGACGAGGUGCUGAAGAAGGACCUGUUCAGGGUGUUGAAGGAGAAGCACGGCAGUGGGUUUGAGUCGUUCUUCUGGAGCAAGGUGUCGCCGGUAGUGGGAGACAUAGCCAUGGAAGGCCUCGGGAUGGUGGACGCGUGUGUCCAGGAGGAGAUCUCCAGGGAGGUGGACGUCAUAGUCAAUGUUGCUGCCACCACUAGCUUCGACGAGAGAUAUGAUUCGGCUUUGCGGAUUAAUGCCUUGGGCGCCAUGCACGUGCUGGACUUUGCCAAAACAUGCCAAAAACUGGAGAUGCUCCUUCACGUCUCAACCGCAUAUGUUGCUGGCUCCGAAACUGGGUUGAUACCAGAGACAGCAUUUCGAAUGGGUCAAACACUCGCCGGAAACUCGACUCUAGAUAUAGAAGCUGAGGUGCAGCUCAUGACCAAGAGAUUGGAGGAACUUCGGGCCGAUGGCGCCACGAAAGAGGCCGAGAGGUCUGCCAUGAAGCACCUAGGCCUUCAAAGAGCAAAGCUGUUUGGCUGGCCAAACACUUACGUCUUCACAAAGGCCAUGGGAGAGAUGUUGAUUGGAGAAAAAAGGGGAGAUAUACCAGUGGUGAUCCUACGCCCUACAGUAAUUGAGAGCACUUAUUAUGACCCUUUCCCCGGUUGGAUGGAAGGCACAAGAACUGUGGACAGCUUGCUGGUUAAUUACUGCAAGGGGAAGCUUACAUCCUUUCUGGCCGAUGGGGAGCUUAUCCUUGAUGUGAUCCCAGGUGAUAUGGUGGUUAAUUCCAUGAUAGUUAGCAUGGCGGUGCACUCGGGUGAUCGGGGUUCGCAGUUCAUCUACCAUGUCGGAUCCUCUGUACAGAAUCCUGUGAGGUAUUCCAAGAUAGUCGAGUGUGGCUACCGUUACUUCAAGGCCAACCCAUGCUACGGGAAGGAUGGGAAGCCCAUCAUCGUGAGAGAGGUCUCCCUCUUCAGCAACAUGGAGAGCUUCAGGAGAUACAUGGCUCUCUAUCAUAAGCUACCUCUAGGAGGGCUGUAUUUGGCAAACCAAGCGUUCUGCAAACUGUUUAACAGCACCUACAAUAAUUUGACAAGGAAAUACAACUUUGUGAUGUACUUGGCUGAGCUCUAUGAGCCUUAUGUUUUCUUCAAGGGAAGGUUUGAGGACAAAAAUUCGGAUGUGUUGAGGUCAAAGAUCAAUGACUCAGAAGCAAAAUUGUUUGAUUUUGACCCAAAAUCAAUCAACUGGGAGGACUACAUUAUGAAGAUCCACAUCCCUGGGAUUAUCAAGUAUGUUCUGAGGUGAAAAGUCUUGAGGAUAGCUGGAAGUGAAGUAGUUCUGCUGUCCCUCGCAAUCAUGUUAACAAGCUACCCUCUUUACUUCUUGAGGAACGAACUUCAGCCACUGCAUUAGAAACAAGGGUGAAGGAGCUACCUUAAUUCUUAAGAAUGUGAAGUAAAUCUUAUAUUUUAUCUUCAAACUCCAUGUGACCAUUCUUUACAAGUGCCAAUAUUAUGUUUUUUCUCCUGAGAUGAAGUCCUACUAUGUCAGUUUCCAAUAAUUGCCUUGUAUGUUUUGUUCCAUAUAUAUAAGCUGGUACUGUUUGAAGUUAUUUUAGGGUGUCAAACAUAUGUAAUACUUUGAAGCUUUCCGUUUCUACUUGAAUGGAUAUAUGUAUAAUAUUCCCUCCCU